AAAAGGCAGCAGCACUGACGCUGAUGGGUGGUUCCCUCCCCAAAGAGGAAGCCUCCUGUGUCUCAAGAUUUCUCCAUGUGUCUGUUUCCUUCCUGUGGUUGCAAGCCUUGCAGUCAGUUACAGAUGCCUGGGCUCAGAGGCAGCGAGUGGGGCUGAGAUUUCAGUCCUGCCUGGGGACUUCAUGGUAGCAUGGCUCUGCAGUUGCUGGCUCUGAGCUGUCUCCUGGGCCUUGUAUCUCUGCUGGCAGCCCAGGGCCAGGAAGAACCUGAUCCCAAGGUCCAAGGGAUGCCCCAGGAAACAGAAACGUGCAAAAGGCCUCGGUGGGACUCAAGACUCCAGCUGGCACCAGAUGAGGAGAAGUACAAGAUGAACGAAGAAGUGAUGCUGAGCUGCCCUGCGGGUUUCCAGCCAUCCUUCACCCACAUCAAAUGUGCGAGGGAAGUCCAGUCCGUCAGUCAUGGGAAACCUGUAUACAGAGAAGUUUGGCUCGGAAGGGACAGCGGAGGUGUCUGGAUCCGCAUUCGGUCUAACGUGGAGUGCAUCGAGGUCCUCCAGGUUGUCCCCGGGACCUUGGAGAUUUCCAGCACCAGCAUCAAACUGAACUGGACCUGCAGGCUCCCUGACGUCUGCCAGCGCAUGCGGGCCACGUGCCGCCUGGCAGUGCCUUCCUCCCCUCCCUGUGAGGCUGAGGAGGUGAAGGGAGAGGAGAUGCUACAUGGCGGGGAGGGAACAUUUACUUGUCCCCCUCUGCAGCCCUUCACCGACUACAGUGUCACCAUCUCCCUGCCCCCCAGCACGGUCCUUUUCACAUGGUUGGUCAGGACAGGGGAAACAGUGCCGGACAGACCGGAGAAGCUGUGGCUGGAUCCCAGCACGGGGUCCAUCAAGUGGGAGAAGCUGCCCUCCUGCAAUGGGGAGAUCAUUGGAUACCAGCUGAACAUCACAGCCUGGAGUGCGCAGGACGGCGGCUUCCUGGAGAUGCAGCGGCUGCGGCUGAGCAGCUCUGUCACGGAGCACUCGCUGCCUGGGCACAGCCCCGGCAGCAGCUACGUGGUGACGAUGCAGGGAGUCACGAACACGGGAGCCGGGGCUGCGUCACUGUGGGAGUUUCAGACCGACAGCUCGGACACCCCGCACCCUCUCGACAUCAGCUGCCGCAGCGUCCGUGACAUCUCCCCAUCCCAAGGGACCGUUGUGCUUCCCCUCCGGCCCAUCGCCCGGCCCCCCGAGAUGGCGAGGGAACACCAGCUCAUCGUGGUCGCGACGCACAAUGGCACGGCGGUGGAAGGCGCCUGCUUGGGGGAACCACAGCCCUUCAACGCCAGCCAGCAGCCUGGCACCUACGUGGCUGCCGUGAUCAACCUCACUGCCUCCACGGACUUUGUGCUGGGCGACGGGACCCGCAGGCAGGGCUACCACAACGCUGCCCUCCGGACGGGCUGGGACUACACGGCCCUUCUCCGCCUCGUCCGCCGCUCGCCGCAGGCAGAGAAGUUCACCUGUGUCUGCUACAGCUUCUCUGUUGUUGCAGGGCAGCCUCCAGCUCCGUGGUGGGGGACUGUGAUUGGGGUGGUUGUGCUGUUGGCACUCCUCGUGUCUGCAGGUAUCCUGUGGUUCGUGCUUUCCAGGAAAAGGAAGUUUUUUCCCCGCAAAGCUACAGAGGAUAAUUAAAAAGGUGAAGGUGGCCAGGCUGGAGAUCAGUCACUCCAGCCCCUGCCCAGGACCACAGGAGACAUUCAGAGCAGUGAGGGAGCAGAGAAGAUGGGGAGGAUGACCCCAGUUCAGUGCUGAUGGCUGCCAGCCCCUUGGCUCUCCUGUGACUGUGACCAGCACUGGGGGUCCCAUCCAAUUCAGCAGAGCAAGAGGAAAACAGGAGGCCAAGGAGGGCUGUGAGCUUUUUCUUUCCUCACUCCCUUCACCGCCCAGCUUUCACUUACUGCUGUUUUAAGGCCUUUGAAUGUCACUUUCUGUAGUUCUUUUUUUUAGGCUUUGCUUUUGUUUUUGCUUUCUGGAAGCAGGAACUCUAUGCCAGAUUUCCCAGUCUCUGACUCACACGGGCUUGUGCUGAGGGAGGGUCCAUGCUCCUGCCAUGUCCUAGGUUCCCAACCCCUCUGAUAUUCAGCUAAACCCAGGGUUCUGCUGGAGCCUGGCUUGACUGGGCUGCCUUUGCGACUCUGCCUGCUCUGUCUGGACAACCAAUAAAGGCUCAUGGUU